GGGCAGCUAUUGAAUCUAGGAGUUGCAGAAUAUAUAGCACUUCCAUACAGCCUGCGGGUAAGUGACUUUACGUAGGACCGGGAGGGGAUAAAGGCUAAAUAGGAUGCCAUAUCCAGUGCUGAUAUUAAAUUGAAGCUGUCGACGGCACCGCCGGAGGGGCCGCGAGCAUCUCCAACCUCUUCGUCUCUCAGUCGCCUACUAUCGCCAACUUCGCAGUCCGUGGAGAGACGCCACCUUCGCCCUCGGGGGCGCGAUCUUUACCAACACACGCGCGAACAAAAAAGAAAGGAACCGAAAAAAAGAAAGAAAGACAAGGCAACAUGCACCCAUUGCAAAUAGGACACAUCGCUCUCUACGUCGCUGCGGCGGCGACGCCAGUGGCCCUGGCCCUGCCGACGACGACGAUGAAGACGAUCCGGCAAGAAGCGGGGGCGGGGUGCGCGGAGCUGUCGACGACGCGGCCGAACUGGAAGAUCACGCACGCGGCGUCGUCGGACUGGCCGGGGGGCGGGGGCGGGCGCGUGGAGCUGUUCGCGCAGCACGUGCCGACGGGGGUGACGGCGGCGUGCGACGUCGAGUACCGGCUGGACGGGCAGACGGGGGCGAUCGUGGGCCACGACCCGACGGCGGCGCACGACUGCCUCAACUUCGGCGCCGCCGACCUCCUCACCAGCGUGCGCCUCGACAUGGACACCCUGACCCUGUCGCUGCGCAGCCGCUGGGCCUGCGACGACUCCGCCGCCGCCCCCGCCCCGACGUACAUCGCCACCGGCGUCACCGCCCUCGCCCGCGACACCUCCCCCGGCGCCUGCCUCGUCGAGCCCUCCCAGGUCGGCGACUCGACGACGUGCCCCAUCGCCGACGUCGAGGUCCAGGGUGAGCUCACCGAGCACGACUGGUGAUGCCGUCUCCGCCGCCGUCAGAUCGGCUGCGCGGUCCGGUGGGGGCGGCAGUGCGAGAAGGGGUUGGGAUCUAGGCGCUGGCGUUCUCGAGAGGGCGCCUAGUUUGUCGUUCUGGCACGAUAGUCCUGCGGGAAAUUGGCUGUGGUUUAUCUGAUGCGAGAUUAAUCGUUACGCCUUGUAACAUGUCGAUGCUCUCUCUCGCUGUGUGUCUAAAAAGGGGUCUGCGUAGAUGAUGCCGCAGGCCUUGCACGUGGGGUGCAUUUAUAUAUGCAUAUGUCUGCUCCAUUCUCUAAGCUUCCGUAUAUUCUUGCUCUAAUCCUAUCCGGAGGAUAAUUAGGUACCUAGGUACACGCAAGAUGAGCACUUUACACCUAGGC